UCUCUCUCUCUCUCUCUCUCUCUCUCACACACACACACUUGCUCGGCUCGCGCUUUCUUUGUUCUUGCUUCCUCUCACGGCUGACGCAGAACGAACAAACAAGCGAUGGCGAGAAUUUGGCGAGCCGCGACAGGUGCAGGGCAGACCGUAGAGGACUACGAUGGGGUGGAAUUCUGGUCAAAUCCGGAGCGCACCGGGUGGCUUACGAAGCAGGGGGAGUACAUAAAGACAUGGCGUCGACGGUGGUUCGUGUUGAAGCAAGGCAAACUCUUCUGGUUCAAAGACUCGUACGUGACUCGUGCUUCCAUGCCCCGAGGUGUCAUCCCCGUGGGUAAUUGCCUCACCGUCAAGGGCGCUGAGGACGUCCUCAACAAGCAGUUCGCUUUUGAGCUCUCCACCAGUCGUGAGACCAUGUACUUCAUUGCCGAUUCCGAGAAGGAGAAGGAAGAGUGGAUCAACUCUAUUGGCCGCUCCAUCGUUCAACACUCCCGAUCUGUUACCGAUAACGAAGUCGUCGAUUACGAUAGCAAGCGGUGAGGACAA